UCAUCCACUUGUAAUCCCCUCUGAAACCUCGUCCACCUAUCGUAAAGCUUCCAUUUCACCAGGUUUAACUAACCUCUACACUUCUGGGUUCUCCUCCUCGUCUUCUAAUAGUAGAACCAGAAACAAACCAGCCAUGUCUUUGGCUCCAGCUAGCUAUCCAUCUCUCUACUCUUCAUCGCCAUUGCCAAGAACUUGUUGUAUCUCCGCCACCAAGCAAAGCCCACUUCUCUUCUCCCAAAUCAAUCCGUGUUUAUCCAAAAAUUACUCAUUUUUCUGCACUUCGACUUCUUUUUCCAAUACCCAUUUUCUAAAACCCUCGAAUUUGAUCUGUAAAGCAUCGGAAACUGAGUCCAAGACAUCUAAACCAGAGAAUGAGAGUGAAGGAGGAGAAGAAGCGUACGAAGAGUAUGAAGUGGAAUUAAUUCAGCCUUAUGGGAUCAAGUUUACAAAGGGCAGAGAUGGUGGGACUUACAUUGAUGCUAUUGCACCUGGUGGAGCUGCUGAUAAGACUGGGUUGUUCACUGUUGGAGAUAAAGUUAUUGCCACCAGUGCUGUGUUUGGGACAGAGAUAUGGCCAGCGGCUGAGUAUGGGAGGACUAUGUACACCAUCCGCCAAAGAAUUGGUCCACUACUCAUGAAAAUGCAGAAGAGAUAUGGGAAGACGGAUUAUGCUGGCGAACUAACAGAAAAGGAAAUCAUUAGAGCUGAGAGAAACUCUGGUGUCAUUAGUAACAGAGUGAGGGAAAUCCAAAUGCAAAAUUACAUGAGGAAAAAAGAACAGAAGGAACAAAGAGAAAAAGAUCUUCGCGAAGGCUUGUUACUAUACAAAAACGGAAAGUAUGAGGAAGCACUGGAGAAAUUUGAAUCUGUAUUGGGAUCAAAACCAGACUCAAAUGAAACUUCAGUGGCAUGUUACAAUGUCGCCUGUUGUUAUUCAAAACUUAAUCAGAUAAAAGCUGGGGUAUCUGCACUUGAAGAAGCCAUGCAAGCAGGCUAUGAAGAUUUCAAGAGAAUCCGGACAGACCCUGACCUGGCCGGCUUGAGAACAUCAGAAGAAUUUGAGCCUCUUCUGAAAAGGUUUGAUGAGUCGUUUAUCAAUGAGAAUGCAAUCAAUGCCAUCAAAUCUCUAUUUGGCAUAUUCAAAAAAGAGUAGAGCCCACAAUUGUCCUCAUAGAGUACAGGAUUGAACAUGUUCAAUAGUGUCACACACAUGAACCCGCAAGAAGCUAGUGAUUGGCCAGAACACCUACUGCUUCAGAUAAUACGUUUCUUUUGUAUGAUUUUGAUCAUAGCAUUGUUUUCAGGUGAGGUUGAAGAAAUUCAGCCUAAUUUAUUAUGGGAAGUCUCUUUUUACCAUUUUUUAUCAGCACAUAGUCUAUAAUGAUGUAGUCUCCUUGACAAGAAUGAUUGAAGUGAAUUAAGCAGAAAAGCAAAUCUUUCACUUGUUCA